UGAUCAGUUAUUGAUCAGUUAUUGAUGAGUGAUUGACGUCUGUGCUCAGGAGAGAAGCUGAAGAUCCUGCAGGCUCUGGUGGGGAAGAUGCUGACGAUGGCGUCCAGCAGAGAUCUGAUCGAAGACGCCGUCGACGAGCAAAAGGCCGCCAAACAGGAACUGAGAGAGAUCCGAUCAGAGCAGCACCGCCGGGAGAGGGAGGAGGCGGCACGCAGGUAAACAUGGCGGGAAACACACGGCGGGAAACACACGGCGGGUACAGGUGUGAGUCAUCGCUGUACUCAGGUGUUUCUCUCCUUCGUCUCCCUCUCAGGGUUCGUCUCCGUAAGGAGGAGAAGCUGAGGGAGCAGGAGCAGAGGAUGAAGGAGAAGGAGGAGAGACUGAGGGAGGAGCAGGAGGUGAAGGGAGGAGGACUCCAAACAAACAGGUAGAGUCUCCUGGUUUAUGUGACGAUCAUUUCAGAGCUGUCAAAGUCUGAACUUUAUCGAAGCGGGUCGAGACUGAAGGACCAGGAGAGAAUGUGGGUCCAAGAGUGAGACCAGUUCAGAACCACUGUGACAGACCACAGACAGGUCUGUGUCUGUAACUGUGUCUGUAACUGUGUCUGUGUCUGUGUCUGUAACUGUGUCUGUAACUGUGUCUGUGUCUGUAACUGUGUCUGUGUCUGUAACUGUGUCUGUAACUGUGUCUGUGUCUGUGUCUGUAACUGUGUCUGUAACUGUGUCUGUGUCUGUGUCUGUGUCUGUGUCUGUAACUGUGUCUGUGUCUGUAACUGUGUCUGUAACUGUGUCUGUGUCUGUGUCUGUAACUGUGUCUGUGUCUGUAACUGUGUCUGUGUCUGUAACUGUGUCUGUGUCUGUAACUGUGUCUGUAACUGUGUCUGUGUCUGUGUCUGUGUCUGUGUCUGUCUGUAACUGUGUCUGUAACUGUUUCUGUAACUGUGUCUGUGUCUGUGUCUGUAACUGUGUCUGUAACUGUGUCUGUAACUGUGUCUGUCUGUGUCUGUGUCUGUGUCUGUAACUGUCUGUGUCUGUAACUGUGUCUGUCUGUAACUGUGUCUGUGUCUGUAACUGUGUCUGUAACUGUGUCUGUGUCUGUAACUGUGUCUGUAACUGUGUCUGUGUCUGUGUCUGUAACUGUGUCUGUGUCUGUGUCUGUAACUGUAACUGUGUCUGUGUCUGCAGUGACAGAGCUGUGAAACCUCAGGAGGAGGAGGAGGAGCAGAACUCUUCAUCCACCAAGAAGAUGAAAGGUUAGUCUCCUCUGUCCUCACUGUCUCCUCUGUCCUCACUGUCUCACUGUCUCCUCACUGUCUCCUCUGUCCUCACUGUCUCCUCACUGUCUCCUCUGUCCUCACUGUCUCCUCUGUCCUCACUGUCUCCUCACUGUCUCCUCUGUCCUCACUGUCUCCUCACUGUCUCCUCUGUCCUCACUGUCUCCUCUCUCCUCACUGUCUCCUCUGUCCUUGCUGUCUCCUUUGUCUCCUCUGUCCUUGCUGUCUCCUUUGUCUCCUCUGUCCUCACUGUCUCCUCACUGUCUCCUUUGUCUCCUCUGUCUUCACUGUCUCCUUUGUCUCCUCUGUCCUCACUGUCUCCUCUGUCCUCACUCUCUCCUCACUGUCUCCUCUGUCCUCACUCUCUCCUCAAUGUCUCCUCUGUCUUUGCUGUCUCCUUUGUCUCCUCUGUCCUUGCUGUCUCCUUUGUCUCCUCUGUCUUUGCUGUCUCCUUUGUCUCCUCUGUCCUCACUGUCUCCUCUGUCUCCUCUGUCCUCCAGGUAAUAACCAGAAGCCGACCAUGACCUCUGACCCCAGACCGUCCCCCGUCCCCCUGACAGCAGAGGACCUGGAGACGGAGCAGGAGAAGGUCAGUACAGAACCUUUUGGACCUGGACUAACAGUCAAAGAGGAACCAGAGUCUGACCAGAACCGGGUUUUCCCUGCAGGUCCGGGAGCUGCAGGAGCGGAUCCAGAAGGCGGCGUCCUGCACCUGUCUGCUCCCUCUAGGUCGAGACCGCCUGUACCGCCGUUACUGGCUCCUCCCCUCGGCCUCCAUCCUGUUUGUGGAGGACGACUGCUUCGGCCUGACGGAGGACAUGCUGCAGCCACACCCGACCCCCGCACAGGACGCCACCGCCAAGAUGGAGGACAACGUCAUCAUCAUCGAGGACGAGGCCAGAGAGGAGCCGGCAGAGGGAGAGUAAGGCUCUGUUCGUUCGGUUCUGGUUCUGGUUCUGGUCGUGAUGAGCUCACGGUUUGAACGACAGUAAACCCUCCUCCUCUUUCACAGUGCCGGCUCAAGCCCCGCCCCUCUACACACCUGCGGACCGCCGCUCAAACGUCCCAACCAGUGGUCCUUCUACAGCUCCGUGGAGGAGGUGGAUCAGCUGAUCGAAGCUCUGAACCCCCGAGGUCAUCGAGAGAGCGGCCUGAAGGAGGCGCUGCUGCAGGAGAGAGAGCGGCUGACGCACCUGCUGCAGGGCGGAGACAGGAACAAGUACUGCUGCACAGGUGAGAGGGCGAGAGCACGGGGGAGAGAGAGGGCGGGGGGAGAGGGCGGGGGGGAGAGAGAGAGAGAGAGAGAGAGCGGCUGACGCACCUGCUGCAGGGCGGGGACAGGAACAAGUACUGCUGCACAGGUGAGAGGGAGAGAGAGCGGGGGGGAGAGAGGGCGGGGGGAGGGAGGGCGGGGGGAGGGAGAGAGCGGGGGGAGAGAGAGAGGGCGCGCAGGUCAGAGGGCGCGCAGGUCAGAGGGCGCGGGGGGGGGAGAGAGCAGGUGGGCAGAGAGCAGGUGGUCCUUAUCGACCCGGAUUGGUUCUGUACAGAUCAGUGACAUGAACAGGUGAACUCACACCUGUCCUGUUUCCAGAUGAUCCAGAGUCGUCACGAUCCGUCCCAGAAUGCACUGCUGCAGCUGAGACCCGGAUGGAGGGGAGACUGAGAGACCUGCUGUUGGACAUUGAGGACCGGAUCCACCAGGGGACUUUAGGAACUCUGAAGGUACACACACACACACACACAGACACAGUAGGUACCUGGACUAACUCACCUGUCCGUCUGUCUCUCCGUCCGUCCGCUCAGGUGAUGGACAGACAGGUGUGGCGCUCUGGACUGGAAACAGGAAACUAUGAGCUGCUGAGUUCAGAGCGAGAGAACGGAGGGAUGAACGGAGGACGAGUGGAGGCCAUGGAGGCGGAGCCUGCUCACCUGAGAGCCAGAGACAGGUACGCAGUCUGCACACGGAGGAGAGAGAGAGAGAGAGGCAGCAGCAGCUAGGGGGCGCUGUUUGACUGAAGGAUGAAUUCACUCAGUUUGUUUGUUCCUGUGUUUGUGUCUGUGUGUGUGUGUGUGUGUGUGUGUCUGUGUGUGUGUGUGUGUGUGUGUGUGUGUGUGUGUGUGUCUCAGGAUGCAGGAGCUGAAGGCGGUGGACAGCGGGGCCUCGGGCAGCGGGACCCCUCAGGUGGUCAGCAGCACGGUUCGGGUCCUGGCUCAGGCUCUGAUUCACAUCGAGUUCGGCAUCGAGAGACGGUUCCUUAAAGCUCCACUGGGUGAGUCUCUGCAGACCUGGAAAGUUUUGAAACUUCCUGGAAAAGAAAGUAUGAGGAGAACCUGAGAACACACCUGCAGACAGGCGCUCCUCCUGCUCCUCCUGCUCCUCCUGCUCCUCCUGCUCCUCCUGCUCAAAGGAGAGACAGGUGGAUGUCCAGGAAGUGUGCCGGCUGUGAAGAUCAUGAUCAGAGAGACUUGGAGGUCCUCGUCUUUGUGUGAAGUCCACUCUCAGUCUUCUGGUUCCAGAAUCUUCCAUCUCUAGAUGUUCAGUAUCUGAGCAUGUGCAGAAGAGUUUGAUUGACCUUCGUCCACCUUCUCCACAGGUGAGGAAGACUCCAAGAAGGACCAGAAGACGAAGAAGAGCAAGAAGAAAGACGAGGACCUGGCCAGUGACGGUGAGACCACCUCAGGGAGGAGGAAGUGAUGUCAUAAAAAACUUCAUAUUGACCCUUUAAUUUACUGGUGGUUCUGGUUCUGUUUGUCAGACGGCAGUGACAGCGGUCGGGUCAGUAAGACGGUCUUGGAGCGAUGGAGGGAGUCUCUGCAGUCGUCCUCCAGUCUGUCUCAGGUCAGAUCAAAGUUCUCAGCAGGAUCUGGAUCCUCCAAACGGUUCUGAGUCCACCUUAAACACAGAAGGUUCUUGUUGUGUGUCCAGGUUUUUGUCCACCUGUCCACUCUGGAGCGGAGCAUCCUCUGGUCCCGCUCUGUCCUCAACGCUCGCUGUCGGAUCUGCAGACGCAAAGGAGACGCCGACAACAUGCUGCUGUGUGACGGCUGUGACCGAGGACACCACACCCACUGUCUGAGGCCCCGCCUUAAGGUAGAUUAAACCACACCCACUGUCUGAGGCCCCGCCUUAAGGUAUACAAACCACACCCACUGUCUGAGGCCCCGCCUUAAGGUAGAUAAACCACACCCACUGUCUGAGGCCCCGCCUUAAGGUAGAUAAACCACACCCACUGACUGAGGCCCCGCCUUAAGGUAGAUAAACCACACCCACUGUCUGAGGCCCCACCUUAAGGUAGAUAAACCACACCCACUGUCUGAGGCCCCACCUUAAGGUAUACAAACCACACCCACUGUCUGAGGCCCCGCCUUAAGGUAUACAAACCCCACCCACUGUCUGAGGCCCCGCCUUAAGGUAGAUAAACCACACCCACUGUCUGAGGCCCCGCCUUUAGGUAGAAAAACCACACCCACUGUCUGAGGCCCCGCCUUUAGGUAGAUUAACCACACCCACUGUCUGAGGCCCCGCCUUAAGGUAUACAAACCACACCCACUACUGUAGGCCCCGCCUUCAUGUAUAUAAGCCACUCCCACUGACUGAGGCCCCGCCCUCGUGUAUAUAAACCACACCCACUUCUUUAGGCCCCGCCUUCAGGUCUUUAAACCCCACCCUCAGCUUCUUCUAAUUGGCUCUUUUCCUGUUUGGUUCUUAGUCGGUUCCGGAGGGCGACUGGUUCUGUCCAGACUGUCGACCCAAACAGAGAUCCAGCCGUGUCCCGUCCCGUCAGCGCUCCUCUAUAGAUGAGGAGGAGGAAGAAGAGGAAGAUGAUGAAGAACAAGAGGAGGAAGAAGAAGAGUCUGAAGAAGAGGAGGAGGAGGAGUCAGAGGAAGAGGAGGAGUCAGAAGAGGAGGAGGAGGAAGUCGUGAGGUAAGUGAGGCAGAAAUAUUGAACCCUGAUUGGUCCGUCUGAGAUCAGUCUGAGACCUCGGCUUCUCUCAUUCUCCAAUCAGCAGCACCAAGAAGAACCAGGCCCCGCCCCCUAAAGGCAAGAACCAAGGAACCACACCCAAAAACCAAGGGACCACGCCCAAAAGUCAACAGGCCACGCCCAAGGGUCAACAGGCCACGCCCAAGGGUCAACAGGCCACGCCCAAGACCAGCACAACCUCAGCAGGAAAAAGCUCUUCAGCCUCAAAGUCAGUAUCUGGAGUUCUGAUCCUGGUCUACUCAAGUCCUGAUCCUGAUCAUUCGCACUCUCAUACUGAUUUUAUCCAAUCACAGGUCCUCAGGGAAAAAGGCCACGCCCCCCUCAGGUAAGACUGGUGGUAAACCUCCACCCCGCACCGGGAGCCGAGCCAGCGCCAGACUGAGCCAUGAGAUCCUCGCACCGAACAGCAACGUCAAGACCUCACCAGGUCAAGGCGAGUCCCGCAAGAGACCGGCAUCAGGUAAACAACCAAUCAGCAGGCAGGUUAAAGGUAAACAAACAAUCUGCAGGCAGGUUAAAGGUAAACAACCAAUCAGCAGGCAGGUUAAAGGUAAACAACCAAUCAGCAGGCAGGUUAAAAGUAAACAACCAAUCAGCAGCAGGUUAAAGGUAAACAACCAAUCAGCAGGCAGGUUAAAAGUAAACAGCCAAUGAGCAGGCAGGUUAAAGGUAAACAACCAAUCAGCAGGCAGGUUAAAAGUAAACAACCAAUCAGCAGGCAGGUUAAAAGUAAACAACCAAUCAGCAGGCAGGUUAAAAGUAAACAACCAAUCAGCAGCAGGUUAAAGGUAAACAACCAAUCAGCAGGCAGGUUAAAAGUAAACAACCAAUCAGCAGGCAGGUUAAAGGUAAACAACCAAUCAGCAGGCAGGUUAAAAGUAAACAGCCAAUGAGCAGGCAGGUUAAAGGUAAACAACCAAUCAGCAGGCAGGUUAAAGGUAAACAACCAAUCAGCAGGCAGGUUAAAAGUAAACAACCAAUCAGCAGCAGGUUAAAGGUAAACAACCAAUCAGCAGGCAGGUUAAAAGUAAACAACCAAUCAGCAGGCAGGUUAAAGGUAAACAACCAAUCAGCAGGCAGGUUAAAGGUAAACAACCAAUCAGCAGGCAGAUUAAAGGUAAACAACCAAUCAGCAGGCAGGUUAAAAGUAAACAACCAAUCAGCAGCAGGUUAAAGGUAAACAACCAAUCAGCAGGCAGGUUAAAAGUAAACAACCAAUCAGCAGGCAGGUUAAAAGUAAACAACCAAUCAGCAGGCAGGUUAAAAGUAAACAACCAAUCAGCAGCAGGUUAAAGGUAAACAACCAAUCAGCAGGCAGGUUAAAAGUAAACAACCAAUCAGCAGGCAGGUUAAAGGUAAACAACCAAUCAGCAGGCAGGUUAAAAGUAAACAGCCAAUGAGCAGGCAGGUUAAAGGUAAACAACCAAUCAGCAGGCAGGUUAAAGGUAAACAACCAAUCAGCAGCAGGUUAAAGGUAAACAACCAAUCAGCAGCAGGUUAAAGGUAAACAACCAAUCAGCAGCAGGUUAAAGGUAAACAACCAAUCAGCAGGCAGGUUAAAAGUAAACAACCAAUCAGCAGGCAGGUUAAAGGUAAACAACCAAUCAGCAGGCAGGUUAAAGGUAAACAACCAAUCAGCAGGCAGAUUAAAGGUAAACAACCAAUCAGCAGGCAGGUUAAAAGUAAACAGCCAAUCAGCAGGCAGUCGUUAAGUUGUUUAAGAACCUGGACCCUGAUGAGCUCCAGUAAAACCAGUAUCCUCUCUGCUCCUCCCCCAGAUGUGACCCCUCCCCCCAAAUCCUCCAAACCUGUCCUCCCUGUCCUCCCCCCCUCCUCCUCUGUCUCCGCCUCCUCGGCCUCCUCCUCAUCAUCCAGCCGGCGCUCCUCCGGCAGGAACCACGGCGUCCACGAGUUGUCGGCGUGCGAGCAGCUGACCGUGGAGCUGGUCCGACACGAGGACAGCUGGCCCUUCAUGAAGCUGGUCUCCAGGACUCAGGUAGACCCUCACACACACACACACACACACACACACACACACACACACCUCUAAGACCACAGAGCUGAACCUCACCUGUCCUCAGGUACCUGACUACUAUGACAUCAUCAAGAAGCCGAUCGCCCUCAGCACCAUCAGAGAGAAAGUGAACAACUGUGAAUAUCAGAGCGCAGGUAGGAACCACACACACACACACACACACACACACACACACACACACACACACACACACCUGUCAGUGAGAACCUCAUCAGAACAGGACCAGGACCAGGAGUCUGAACUCAGAGUCCAGAGGUCUUUAGUUUUAGUCCCACCAGAGUCAGACGGUAGAAAAGGGCACCAGGACCAGAACCAGGACUGGAUGGUUCUGAUCUUGAGGACUCUGGAGUGGGACUCACCGGAUGGACCUGUCCUGAGGUCUGAUGGAUCCUCCUCUAAAGAGCAGAGGGUCUAACCAGCUCAGAACCAGGACCCCUGAUGGUCUGGAGAUCCUCCCAGUCCAUGUCCCGGGUCUCUUCCAGAACCUUUAGUGUCAGCAGAUAGUUUGAGGUUCAGUUAAAGACCAGAACCAGUCGACCCGAGGAGUCAGAACCAUCCAGUAAACAGGAAGUCCACCUGAUGACCUCAUAAUCAGCUGUUUCUGUCCCCCCUCAGGUGAGUUCAUCUCAGACGUGGACCUGAUGUUCUCCAACUGUCUUCAGUAUAAUCCUCGUCACACUAACGAGGCCAAGGCCGGGCUCCGCCUACAGCUGUUCUUCCAAUCAGAGAUCAGCAGGCUGGGCCUAUCGGAACGAAGCCCCGCCCCUCCAGCCAAGCGCUCCCGACACUGAACCAAAUGCACCCCUCUGACCUCACCGCCGUCCUCUCUGCUGAUUGGUCCUUGGUGCUGCUCCUUCAUGACCUUUGACCCUCCGACCAAUGUCGACCCACCAAUCAGACGCCUGUUAAUCAGCCGCUGCAGCUAAGGGUCAAAGGUCAAGAAGCUGAAAUCAGUCAAACAAACCUGAGAUGGACCGUUAUCUCGCCGUGUCACAUGACCUGAGCCUCCUCUCCUGUAGCUGCUGGGAGUGGACGACCUGCUGACGCGGCUCAGGGCUGUGACUUCCUGUCUGUGAGGACAGGUGAGGACAGGUGUGGACAUGUAGCAGACAUUCCUGUAGGACAGUAGAGACAGUAGAGACACAGUAAAGACAGUAGCGUCCCCUCAGUCUGCACCUGAGUCCUCAGGUGUGUCUCCGCCCUCUUCGCUCAGGGACUUUAGAUUUAUGGUCACUUCCUGUCCGUGAAACAGAGCGUCACCGUGGAAACAGGAUCCCUAUUUUAAUGCUCAGGUUAGAGAAGGACGUCUCCGUGACCUUCAGAGUCAGCUGUUUCAGCAGGGGUCAAAGUUCACUCGUCACACCCAGCUGAUCACCUGCUCCUGUCGUCACAUGACCAUAGUCCCUCACCUGGAUCAUGAGAUAACACCUGAGCCGACUCUCUCAGACCCGUUUCCUUUCUCUCUCCAACCUCUAACUCCUCCUCUCAAUUCGGCUUUUUCUCCUGACGAAAAUCCGAUCGGAGAACGAAUGUCGGAUUUUCACGAUCACGUUUCUCUGUUUCAGUCUGACUCAGCAGAUCAGUGAUGGUUUCACUUGAAUUUAUCCGACCUUCAGAUGCUGCAGAUACUUUCACAUGAUUUCCUGAUUAACUUGGAAUUUAGAGGUAAAUACAAAAGCCACGCCCCCAGAACACCUGGCUCCGCCCCUCGGCACAGUCUGUGGAGAAUAUGAAGAAUGAAAGAAUAAAUGCAGAAUACCGGUCCUGUCAAACUGAACAGGGUCAGGAUCGUGAAGAAAAACACGUUAUUUUUAUCGUCAAAACCCUCGGUGAAGGACGACCAUGACGGCGUCCUCCAGGAGCCUCCGUGGAAACGAGCUUCAGCCUUCAUGAACUUUUCCUUCAGGACCAAAAGUUCUAAUUUCGGUUUGAUUUCCUUAAAAAACAGCGAACUGUCCCUUUAAACCUGAGACACUGUGGCCUCUGUGGAUUUGUAGUUUUUUUGUAUUUUGACUACUGCCAUGUUUUCCUGCUUUAGACUGUUUUUGUUCCGUUCUUCUUCUGUGGUAUUAGCCUGCAGCCUGUGUGUGUGUGUAUGUGUGCGUGAGAGUGUGUCGGUGGGGGGGGGGGUUGGGGUCAGCUGUUGGGGUCACUACACUGGAGCGGCUGCAGCCUCCUCCCCCUCCUCCUCCUCUGUGGCGGCGGCGGCGGCGUAUUUAUUUAGCUGAGCUGGUGUUUUUUCUUUAUUUAUGAUGAUAGACUCUCUGCCUCUCUAACAUGUUUGUUGUUGUUCUGAUGUAAAAAUAAAUGACUUUUUAUAACCUGCUUCCUGCUCCUCUCUGCUCCUCCUCUCUGCUCCUCACUCAGACACCUGUACGCUCUCACCUGAGGCUGCAUUAAAGGACUGUUUCACACAGAGUCGUAGUUUUUAAACUAAAAUGACAUCCAGAACCGUAAACCGCUCAUUCAGGAAGAAACACAAACGCCUUCAUGAACCCAGAGGGUGCUGCAGGUCUGCUCUCUCUGGUUUAUCUGUCAUGUUUUGCUUGAUUUUUCUCAUAUUUUUGUUGUAAUUUUGUCGGCCGCUGAUGGGCGAAGAGUUUACUGUAGAGAAGAGCUCCUCU